CGCCAAUAAAUGCAACAACAACUGGGCGGAAGCGAUAGAGUGUCAUGAAAGAAGAAUGGAGGUAGGAGAGAUAAAUCUAGAAGCUAAAAGACAAAGAGAGAUUUGGGAUAAAUAUAUUCAGCAAGUGACCAGGGAAUGGCAAGUAAUAAAAGAGGGGGACACGUCCGACGGGAAUGUUCUUGAACAGAUCUGUCAGAAAGAAAAAGAACAAAAGCUGACGCUCUUAUCAAGGGAAAAGGAACGGAAAACAAAACGAAAAAACAUAGAGAAUAAACUUCACAGCGAGAUCAGAUCCAUAGAACUAGAAAAUGACACGGGCGAGGUCCGCGAGGGGGAAGUGAUAAAACGGCAUUGUGUCAGGUAAUUCAAAGAGUUUGUAAUUAUG